AGGCAGGAGCGAGGUGGCAGGCUAGUCUGCAUUGACAGAGAGUCGAGUGCGGUUAGCUGAUAGCUAAGUGUGUCGUUUACUAAGUAACUAGCUAGGAACCUUCUAGAAGGCUCUUUACCGACAUUAACUGUGCUUUUAUAGAUUUUUACUUAUUUUUUAUUCUAUUUUCGUGCUCACACUUUUUAAGUGAGCUGUUUUAGAGGCAUUUGUCGUUUUGGCUGUCACCGUUUUCCAAGUUAGCCAAUCGCGCUAACUAGCUUAGCUAAAUUAACUAACAAGGUAGCUAACCUAGUUAGCAUUACCCGGCUGCAGCGUUAACUUGGCAUAACAGAGGCGGCGUUAAACAAAUAAAGGAGAGGGAAAAAAUAAUUAAAGAGGAAGAAGGAAGAACAAAUCUAACGCUAUAGUAAGGCAAGUAGCCUAUUUCUGACCCACAUUUCAUUUCUAUUGCCCUCACGCUGGGGAAGGCAAAACGGACCCCUCUCCUCCGCCCCUCCUGCCCUCUUCGGUCUCUCACACCUCAGGUCCUCCGGAGGAUCCAGCGAGCAUCCGUCAUGCAUCUUAAAACCAUGAAGUGCAACCGUUUUUGCCUCAUCGCCUCCCUGGAAGACCAGGAUAUGUUCAACAGACAUGAGGCCAGGGCUCGGUUUGAGGAGCUGUUCCGUGCCUUUGACAGUGAGGUUACCUUCCAGUUCUUCAAGAGCUUCAGGCGGGUCCGAAUUAACUUCAGCAAUGCCCUCGCUGCAGCAGAGGCCAGAGCAAAACUUCACAAGAGUGACUUCAACGGCAGAGAAGUGCGACUUUACUUUGCCCAGUCUGUACAUAUAGGAAGUCCACGUCUGGAGCCUCCCAAACCGGAUAAGCAGUUCCUUCUCUCUCCACCUCCUUCCCCUCCUGUUGGCUGGGAACAGGCUCAAGAUGCCACACCAGUCAUCAACUAUGAUCUCCUGUGUGCCAUCGCAAGACUUGGUCCAGGUGAGAAAUACGAGCUCCACUCUGGAACUCCCACUACCCCCAGUGUGGUGGUGCACGUGUGUGAAAGCGACCAGGACAGCUCUGGUGGCGAGGACGACGUGGACGGAUUUAGACGCCCUCGCCCCAAAAUUAUCCAGACCCGGCGCCCCGACUACAUCCCUGCCAUCACACAGUGAGCCCGAGGAGCGUCUUCCUUGUGCUGUUGUCUUCGCUUUACCAUCUCAGGGGCUGAUGGGCGGCCAGCUGUGGCAUGCGGUCAGUCUUCCCCUUUAGAGGAGGCCUUGAAUCCGAGCCGAGUCCUGUGGAGAAAGAAAUAAUGUACAUGUCCACUAUCUUGCAGGGGAAGGGGGGUUCAUUGCAUGCAUUUGUUUUCUCCACAAUUAAAAUUCAAGGGAUUUUCAGGAUUGUAAAUUCCAUUGGUGUCUAUGGCUACAGAGUACAAAAGUCUCCAGUUGUGAGUUUAUUUAUUUCCUUUAUCUCGAGAAGCAUGCUUUGUCCCUUUGAGAAGGUGUGACGUAUUUGUAUAAUGAAAUCUGUAAUGGAGUUUUUUUUUUUUUUUUCCUCUCCUCCCUGUCAGCAGUCUCAGUUUUACAUGUUUUUAUUUUAUUUUAUUUUUUUUAUUUAUGUUUUCAUCUUCCGAUUGUAGGAGGCAAUAGAAUUCCUAUGCCUGUGUAGGAAUAUUGAUUAAUCUUAGGCUUGGAAAGUUUGCGGUUAUGGGCAAUAUAUUUUUAUGUUAAUUUGUAAGGAUUGCUUACUUUCUAAACUAUUAAUCUGUGUGUGACUGAGGAUCUAAAGAUGGAGAUCCUUAUUAGUAAUCUUACUUAAUUAAAAACAAUGCAGUUUGUUGAAUAAACUGGUUUUGUUUGCCAUGCCUUGUUAAAUCUGGUUUACUAAUGUAAGUAUUUUGGUCAGCUAAAAAGAAACCCCUAUUGGACAUCUUGGCCCAAUGUUAUCCUGAUUGUAAUUUUGUACAGACAGUCUUUCUCAUGUCUACACAAAUUGUGAUUUACAUUUAGUUACUUCAGGACCAUAACACUGUAAAAGCAAUCUGCUUUGAUGAUGAGGGAGGACUGUUAUACUGUUAUGCUCUUUUACCAGAAUUUGCACAAGUUAAAAAUGGUAAAAAUGAGCUUAGCAAUGUCAGUCCAAUGCCUUUUUGUGUUUCUUGUUUGUCUGUAUAUGUACAGUUACCUCAUUGUAAUGUCUUAAUUGUCUGAUCACUCCCAACUUUGUAACAACUUCCUUGGUUUCAACAAUGAUGUUGACUUACUAAUGGCUUGGAUGUAUGUGUUCAAACUUGUACAUGAACAGCCACAACCAAAAUAAUAAAACAGGAACUUACACAGUU